UUGUAGCGCGUCUCCUCCCCUCAAUCAAUGCCACAAUUGAAGAAAAUUUCCUAAAACGUGCCCAUUGUUCUCUCAUUUAAUGUUUUUCCAUUCUAUAUAAUAUCUAUUUGUUAAUUGUUGGGGAUUUUAUGCCGUUUCUACUGAGGAUGAACCGUGUGCUCCAUGUAAUAUUUGAUAAAUUGUACGGUGUUGAUGCAUGUUGUUGAAGCUGAGUAUUCAGCUAAAAUAAUAUUUGUUUUUCUGGCUUUGCUCUAGCGGAAAGUUCAUUUUACAUUUGCAGCUAGCCAGCCAUCUCCAUUUCUUUUCAACAGCCAAGCCUCUCUCUCCCUCUAUCCUUGAAGCUGGAUCCAGAGACCAGCUGUUUCUCUCGCUUUAUUUAUUCUUUGGGGGAUAUUUACUUGGUUUUCUCACCUGGGUUUGGUGGAAAGGCGCUUACUUUCAACUGUCAGAGAGACUGCUUCAGCUGAACCGAAGCCCCCCUCCCCCUCUCUCUCGAUCCAAAGUUUCUCAAUUGAAGCGACGAUGGAGUUUUUGUUGUCAUUCUCUGCGUGUUUAUGGUGGUUUUUGUUUGGAGGAGGGAUGAUGGUGGUGAUGGCUGCCACCAGCAGCAGCAGUGGCACCACGACAGAGCUUGAUCAGACCCCGACAUGGGCCGUGGCUUGUGUUUGUGCUGUUAUCAUCAUUGUCUCUAUUCUCUUGGAGAAGAUUCUUCACAAACUUGGAACGUGGUUUACUGAGAGGCACAAGAGAGCUCUUUUUGAGGCCCUGGAGAAGGUUAAAGCUGAGCUGAUGAUUCUGGGUUUCAUUUCACUACUGUUGACUUUCGGGCAGACCUACUUCAUCAGAGUCUGCGUUUCUCCAAAGGUUGCUAACACUAUGUUGCCAUGUGCCAAAAAAGAAACAAGCAAUGAUUCGAGUGAAGAGGAGCAUCGUCGGAGACUCUUAUGGCUUGAACGUCGAUCUUUAGCCGCUGCUGGCUCAGAUUUCAAAUGCAAUGAUGGGCUUGAACCGCUUAUGUCUAUCGAGGGAUUGCAUCAAUUACACAUUCUCAUAUUUUUUUUAGCCCUCUUGCAUGUGAUAUACAGCGCUAUUACUAUGUUGCUUGGGAGACUAAAGAUUCGUGGUUGGAAGGAAUGGGAGCAGGAGACAUCGUCUCAUGACUAUGAGUUUUCAAACGAUCCUUCAAGAUUCAGGCUAACUCACGAGACAUCUUUUGUCAGGGCGCAUACCAGCUUUUGGACUAGGGUUCCAUUAUAUUUUUAUAUUGGAUGCUUCUUUCGACAAUUUUUCAGGUCUGUUAAUAAGGCUGAUUACCUCACACUGCGAAAUGGGUUCAUCAAUGUACAUUUAGCACCUGGAAGCAGAUUUAAUUUCCAAAAAUAUAUUAAAAGAUCAUUAGAGGAUGACUUUAAGACAGUUGUGGGUAUAAGUCCUGUGUUGUGGGCAUCCUUCGUCAUAUACUUACUUAUUAAUGUUAAUGGGUGGCAAGCAUUAUUCUGGGCUUCCAUUCUCCCUGUGAUUAUAAUCUUGGCUGUCGGAACAAAACUUCAAGCCAUUUUAACAAAGAUGGCUAUUGAAAUCACAGAACGACAUGUUGUGGUCCAAGGGAUGCCUGUGGUGCAACUCUCAGAUAGCUAUUUCUGGUUCGGUCGCCCUCAAUUAGUUCUUCACCUUAUACAUUUUGCUCUAUUUCAGAAUGCAUUCCAGAUAACAUAUUUCCUUUGGAUAUGGUAUUCAUUCGGGCUGAAAUCCUGUUUCCAUUCCAAUUUCAAGCUUGUAUUAGUGAAGAUUGCUCUAGGAUUGGCAGUCCUAAUUGUUUGCAGCUACAUCACACUUCCACUCCAUGCUCUUGUAACUCAGAUGGGAUCGCGCAUGAAAAAAUCCAUCUUUGAUGAGCAAACAUCGAAGGCCUUGAAGAAAUGGCACAUGGCUGUGAAGAAAAGGCACAGAGCAGGAAAAUCACCAACUCGAGUUCUGGGUGAAAGUGUAACCCCUGAAGCCUCACCAUUGCAUUACUCUUCUCAGUCUUCUGCACACAAACUGCAUCGGUUCAAAACUACCGGACACUCAACCCACUACGCCUACGAGGAUCAUGACAUGUCAGAUGUGGAGGCUGAUCCAUUAUCCCCAACAUCGACUAGUAACUUGAUUAUAAGAGUGGAUGAUUACGAUCACUCGACUGAAGUCAGUGAACCACCACCACCAGACCAUGAGGAGGAGGAGGAGGAGGAGGAGGAGGAUAAUACCAGCAAUGAAGCUGAAUUCUCAUUUGUGAAGGCUGGUCCUGUAAAAGAAACUUGAUCCCUGCUGCUGCAUCCAUACAUGUUGAGCAAGAUAAUUGUCAUAUGACAUCUUUGGUGAGUGGAAAAAAUCCAGGCAGCUAAAGUAUAGUGUAAAUUAUUAGUAUUCCUGGACUGGCAUUUUUCAAGUUGAAUUGGGGAAUUGAAUUGAAUUGAAUUGGAAGUCUCAACUUUUGGCAUCUGAUCCUGAUGUACAACUUUGCUUUGCUUUGUCAAUAAAAUGAAACCAUGCGCUUGAAGCUUUUUAACAUC